AAGAAAACGGGAGGCCAAAAAAGGAAGGCACAGAGCAGAAAACUCCAGAGAGAGAGAGAGGAGAGAACGGAAAAGGUUGUUUGCUCGAGGGGGAGAGGGGAUGGGGAGAGAGGAAGAGAAAGAAGGAGUAAUGGCGGCAGAUUUCUUCUGGUCAUACACAGACGAACCUCACGCUUCGAGGAGGCGCCAGAUCCUCUCUCAGUACCCUCAGAUCAAGGAGCUCUUUGGUCCUGACCCUUGGGCUUUUCUUAAGAUUACAGUGGUUGUUCUGCUCCAGCUGUGGACCGCUACUUUAGUUCACGAUGCAAGCUGGCUGAAGAUAUUGACAAUAGCAUAUUUCUUUGGUUCUUUUCUCAACCACAAUCUAUUUUUGGCAAUUCAUGAGCUCAGCCACAAUCUUGCCUUCUCGACUCCAGUCUACAACCGUUGGCUUGGGAUUUUUGCUAACCUCCCCAUUGGUGUGCCCAUGUCUGUGACUUUCCAAAAGUAUCACCUUGAGCAUCAUCGCUUUCAAGGAGUAGAUGGCAUUGACAUGGAUGUUCCAAGCUACACUGAAGCCCAUCUGGUUACAAAUAUUGUUACCAAAACCAUCUGGGUGUUCUUACAACUCUUCUUCUAUGCACUGCGCCCUCUGUUUCUUAAACCGAAGCCUCCUGGUUACUGGGAGUUCAUUAACUCAAUCAUUCAGAUAGCUCUCGACAUGGCUGUGAUCUAUUUCUGGGGCUGGAGAUCUUUUGGUUACUUGAUCCUUUCAACAUUUGUGGGAGGUGGGAUGCAUCCAAUGGCUGGGCAUUUUAUCUCAGAGCAUUAUGUAUUCAAACCAGAGCAGGAGACAUAUUCCUAUUAUGGCCCCUUGAAUCUUUUAGCAUGGAGUGUGGGCUACCACAAUGAGCACCAUGACUUCCCAAGGAUUCCUGGAAACAAACUCUACAAAGUGAAGGAGAUUGCACCAGAAUAUUACGAGAGUUUGGAGUCAUAUAAAUCUUGGAGCCAGGUUAUAUACAUGUACAUUAUGGACAGAACGGUUGGACCAUUUAGCAGAAUGAAGAGAAAGCUAUCAACUGCAAAAAAAUCUGAAUAGGACUUCUUCCUAUCACUGUUAUAGGUAUUCUUGUUUGAUAACAACUUGUUUUUUCUGUUCAUCUUCUUUGUUGCCUUCUUACCUGCUGGAAUGUGGGUUAAUUAAUUCUCUGUUUUCUUCUCUUUUUUUUUUUACUUUUGUUAUUUGUCAUUGUUGGUAACAUUCUUGGGGAAUCAGAAGUUUAUGCUGUAGUCUUAGACUAAAGAAAAUGAGUCAAUGAUUAAUUACUCAAUUAUUUAUAA